AUGACUGCCACAACUCCAUGAGAAAUGUGCGCUUCUCAAUAUGGGCGGAGCACAACGUAUGAAAGCCCUGCGUGAAGAAAACACCAGCUUAUGAGCAAGCUUUCCCACUGGCAUGCGUCAUAUACUGAUGAAGUAGUCCGUUUAUGCUUUGUUUAAGCUUAAGACAUGAUGGCCGCAUUUUCGAUGCUCUCUUUUUUGGAGUUGGUUCACGGCAAGUUUUGUUUAAUUUUUCUUGCUCUGUUUUUGACUCUUACCUACGUUUUAAAACAGAAAUCUCCGAAAAAGUUCCCUCCGGGACCAAGGUCAUUGCCAUUUAUCGGUGAUCUCCUUCGUAUUGACUCUACAAAAAUCCAUUUACAUUUGGCAAAGUUUGCAGAGCAAUACGGUGGCAUUUAUAGUAUUCAUUUGGGAACAAGGAUUGUUGUCCUACAUGACCUCAAAUAUGUCAAAGAGGCCUUGAUUCAAAAGGGGGAAAAUUUUGUGGAUCGACCCCGAAUCCCAUUGUUUGAAGACCUCAACCCUAACCAUUACGGUGUGGUUUUCUCCAAUGGCUAUGCAUGGAAGCAGCAGAGGAGGUUUGCUCUCAUGACAUUGAAGAACUUUGGAUUGGGCAAGAAGAGUCUUGAGCCUUCCAUUCAGGCAGAAAGUAAAUGGCUGAGUGAAGCCUUUGGGAAUGAACAAGAAGCUGAGAAAUUCAGUUUGGAUCAUAGUAAGCUCAAUUAUUUUCUGUUUAUUCAUUUGUUUCUUGUAUUUGUGGUUCUAGGCAGGCCAUUUGAUCCUCAGUUUGUUAUGAACAAUGCCGUCUCAAACGUUACCUGUUGUCUUGUGUUUGGUGAUCGUUUUGAGUACACUGACAGACAAUUUCAAGACCUACUGAAACGAAUUAAUGAAGCCGUCUAUUUAGAAGGAAGCAUUUGGGCACAGCUAUACAACGCAUUUCCUUGGAUAAUGCGUAAGGUACCUGGUCCCCACCGAAAAAUAUUUGAACAUUGGGAUAAGGUGAUCUCCUUUGUGAAGUUGAAAAUUAAGGAGCACAGGAAUGAUUUGGACCCAUCAGCACCCAGAGACUACAUUGACUGCUUCCUGGCAGAGAUGGAAAAGUGGAAGACUGAUGUGGAUGCGGGUUUCAAUGAAGAAAACUUGUGUUUCUGCACUUUUGAAUUGUUUGUGGCUGGAACUGAGACCACAUCAACAACGCUGAAUUGGGGCCUGUUGUUCAUGAUCAAGUAUCCUGAUGUACAAGAGAAGGUCCAGGCAGAAAUAGACCAUGUGAUUGGCCAGUCGCGCAUGCCCUCCAUGGCAGACCGACCCAAUAUGCCCUACACUGAUGCUGUGAUCCAUGAGAUUCAGAGGAUGGGAAACAUUUUACCCCUGAAUUUAGCCCGUAUGGCUGUCAAAGACACACAAAUAGGAGAAUACAUUAUACCAAAGGGUACAAUGGUGCUGGGAACUUUAUCAUCUGCACUCUUUGAUGAAAGUGAGUGGGAGACUCCCCAAACCUUUAAUCCAGGACAUUUCCUGGAUGCAGAAGGGAACUUCAGAAGAAGGGAUGCCUUCAUGCCAUUUUCAGCUGGUAAGAGGGUGUGUCUGGGGGAGCAGCUGGCUCGGAUGGAACUGUUCCUCUUCUUCACGUCUCUCCUCCAGAGAUUCACCUUCUCUCCCCCCCCUGGAGUGGAGCCCAGUCUUGAGUACAGAAUGGGAUUCACCCACUGCCCCAAGCCUUACAAGCUCUGUGCUGUCCCCCGCUGAGCACAGGAUACUCCACAAAGCAAAAGAAGCAACAGGGAUCAUAAAGUACUGCAGUAGGAACCCUUUGGGAUUUAGAAAAUGUACAGAAAAUUCCCCCCAGGGAAUGCAUGAAGAGUCAUGGGCCUGUUUUAAUUACUUGGGAUCUUAUAUGUACAUGUUCCUGUAAAUUGUGGUCCUGUUUGAACCAAGUGGCCAAAAUCAGGCUUCUUCUUGGUCUACGUCUAUGGUUUGAACAGAUCAAAACAGGCAUUGCAGUAUCAAAGUUUCAUUUUAUUGGAAACUUUCCAACUUACCAUCUAAUUGGUUGAAUAUCUAACACUUUCUGGUCAUUUUCUGGCCAGACCCAACUUUGGCAUUGUAUAAUUUUUGAACAAAUGAUCUAUUAAACUUAAACAAGAUGUUUACUACUAUUUUAAGUUUUGUGAAUUAACCUUCUCUUAGAAAUGAUUAAAACUGGCCAAAAACUCAUUUUUUUGUAAAUAAGUAGACCUAUUAUACCUUUUCACCCACAUUUUGAUCAGAAAUUUUCCACUUUCCUACU